AUGAGGUCCAUCAACUAUAUUGAGAUGAAGCUUAAGGGUCUAAAAGUGGAAUUGGGUCAAAGAAUCCCACAUUUGCAUUAUGAAGAGUUAGAGUGGCUAGACAGCAAGAUUGAAGAGGAGGUGAAAAAGGAGAUAUUCACGAAGGCUGACUCCGGUCAGGUGGAGAGCUUGAAGGAGGAAGAUAAGAAUUCACUGAAGACUGAGAAGAAGAAGAAGAAGAAGAAGAAGAAGAAGAAGAAGAAGAAGAAGAAGAAGAAGAAAGAGAAUAAUUGGUGUCAAGGGAGACAAGAUAAAAACUCUGGUUUGAAAGAUUGUUCCAGAAAGACUUCUAAGAUAUUCACGAAGGCUGACUCCGAUCAGGUGGAGAGCUUGAAGGAGGAAGAUAAGAAUUCACUGAAGACUGAGGAGGAGGAGGAAGAAGAUAAGAAGAAGAAGAAGAAGAAGAAGAAGAAGAAGAAGAGAAGAAAGAGAAUAUUUGGUGUCAAGGGAGGCGAGAUAAAAAAACUCUGGAAAAAAACAUAA